UAUCUCAGUUUUAACCUCAGCAUGGCAUAAUUUCCACUUUUCAUGUCAUAGCCCAUGAAAGCAUGAUUUUGUGUCCUUCGUGUGUGUUGAGAACCGAAGGUCCAUCAGAACAGAGUCGUGCCCGAGAGUAAAGACGCGCCUGUGUUCGCCGGUAAAAGCCUCUCGCUCCGCGCAUUCCUGCCGUAAUGGAUCCGGGGGAGCCUGUGGGAGGAGGCGGUGGGCGCCGGGUGUUGAGUUUCACCUCCUCCCCUGAUCUCCGCUGCGCGCCUCUCAUUGUUCCCGCGCCGCGUCAGAUUCGCGUGACAGCCGCGACUGACAGCGUCCGUUCCGCGCGCCUCUCCGCGAGUCAUGCCCGAGAUGGAAACGGGGCGACCGCCGGAGAACAAACGCAGCAGAAAACCUGCGCAUCCCGUCAAGAGAGACGUGAACGAGGAGAUGAAGAACUUUGCUGAAAGCACCAUGAAUGAACUCUUGGGUUGGUACGGCUAUGAUAAAGUGGAGCUGCAGGAGUCAGACUCUGAUGCCCGAAAUCGUGUCAAACGCCAUCAUAUAUCUGUUCUUAAAGAGAACUCGGUGCCAAAGCCACACUCCACAGAGAGGAAGGUGCCGUCAUCUUCCUCAGAGCCCGUCAGGAACGGUGAGAAAGAGCCUCCGGCCGCUCCUCUCUCUCCUUCUUCAUCAUCGUACUCCUCCUCGGCCUCACCGCGGGUGAAGGAGCACCACAGCAUGAAUGUCAUCGUGCCGCUCAUCAAGCCCUCUGCCGUGGAGGACGUCCAGAACGUUCAGAUCGUGUGUGUGUGGUGUCAGAAGGAGGGGAUGAAGAGGUACUCUCUGCUCAUGGGCUCGGAGCUCAAGAGCUUCUGCAGCGAGAAGUGUUUCGCUGCGUGUCGUCGCGCCUACUUCAAACGCAAUAAGGCUCGAGAUGAGGAUCGCCAUGGUGACCAGUCUCCACCCCCUGGGCAAACGCUGGACACGCCCACAAGACUUCUGCUGAAGAUGAACAACAACACGCGUGUGUGUGAUUGGUGUAAACACGUCCGUCACACUAAAGAGUACCUGGACUUCGGUUCGGGCGAGGAGCGGCUGCAGUUCUGUAGCACCAAAUGCCUAAACCAGUACAAGAUGGACGUGUUUUACCGGGAAGCUCGUGCCGCCCUCACCAGCUCCAAAGACGAGGAGAACCGCCCCAAACUGGCUGAAAACCAGAAACUCCUCACCCCGGAGGCCUGGGACCCUCCCGCCAAAACCCUCUCGCCCCAAACCCCGACGUCAUCUUCCUCGCUGCGAACGCCCAUCUCCAAGAUCCAGACGGGUGCGUCGCCCUCCUCUCCCGCCGGCCCGUCUCGUGUUACGCUCGAGCAGCCACGCCCACCUCAGAUGCCACUCCCCUUUGUGCGCCCACCCCUUCACGCACAGAGCCCCGCCCCUCAUCCGGCCCGCCCCGUCAGCCCCACCCACAGGGUGUCGUUUGCCCCGCCCCCUCUCCUCCAGCCCUACGCCUCGCCGUACGCGCCCUUCCACCCGCCGUACCCUCCCCAAAUGCCUCCGCCGUGGCCGCAGCCCAUGAUGUUUUUGCCCUAUCCCGUUUUCGUGCCAAUCCCGGUGCCGAUUCCCAUUCCCAUCCCUGUUUCCCCUCAAACGGGCCACAGAGGGGUCAUUCGAAGCCUCCAGGAACAGGAGAAGGACACACCUGAUCCGGGUCGCUCCAGCUCGGAGGAGACCAAUCAAAACAGAGUAAAGAUCGAACAAUGUGCUUCUCCGCUUCCCUCCACGUCCGAGCGGCAGGUGAUCCGGUGUCUCCGCAGAAACCCGGUCAAAGAGGAAAACCCCGACGCUCACAUUCUGCGCAAAGCACUUUACACGUCUGUCGUGACGGCGACGGCCUCCGCCUCAUUGGACGGCAGAGUCGUCACUCCCGCCUCUUUGUACUCAUUGGCUCGUUCGACCGCCAUACAGGCCGCCUCGCUUUCAUUGGACAGUGGCUCCGCCCAGAUCCCGUCUCCUCUCUCUGACUGUGAGGAUGUGAAGGAGAACAGCUAUCUGGGUGGGCGGGACACCGGCUCGGCCAAUCCCUGGCCGGCAGAGCAGACGGACUGCCAGAGCGACCAAUCAAAAGAGAGCAGAGGGGAUGAGGACGUCCCGCAGGACGUAGAGCACACGUAUGCGCGGUCCGUGCCGCCCAAACUGCGUGAGAAAAACACACAUAUGGCCGCGCAAACACAUUUACACACUCAAACACACACCUGGGAGAAAAACACACUCGCGGCGGCGGCGGCGGCACAGGGAUCUGAGCAGAGCGGCCGGGACGAUCCGGAGCCGCCCGUCAAGAGACGAUGCUUGAGGAUCAGAGACCAGAACAAAUGAUGAGGGUGUGUGUGACACAUUUACUCUCUCAACGACACCGCAGUGCCAGUGAAGCCCAAACCAGACGCCGACGCAGCGGAGCAUCAUGGAUGUCACAGAUCAACCGUGUGUGUGUGUGUGUGUGUGUGUGUGUGUGUGUGCGCGAAAGGCUCUGUGUGUUUUCCUGCCGAGCUCCUAUAAAGCCAGGCAUUGUUCCUCACUGCAAGCCCAUAUAUAUGUGUGAGUGUGUGUGAGUGUGUGUGUGUGUGUGUGUGUGUGUGUGUGUGUGUGUGUGUGUGUGAGUGUGUUCAGCUGUGGUUUAGGAUUACCUGACAUACUGGCGCUUUGGCUACAGGGCAUUUUUAGACUUCGCCUAAAGAGUGCCAAGAGCACAAACACACACAUCAGUAUAUUCAGCUCUUAGACGUUUAGUAAAAUGUGUUUGCAGUAAUUAUAUUUGCAGGAAUAUCAGAGAACCGACUCACAAAUUCUUGCUUUUUAACCCUUCAUGGUUUAUUUGGUGCCUGUUAUGAGAAAACUAGUGAUGAAUGAUGCCAACAGACACUGAUUCAGAUCAAUAUUGGAGUGAAGAAGGUUUCACACUGUUGUAAAAAGAGGACCUGAUGUUGUUUUUGUGCUCUACUAGAUUGAAUGUUGAUUAUUCUCCUCAUAUUCUCCAUUGUUGCAGCUCCUCUCUUCCCAGUCUGUCAGUAA